GGCGCGGAGGCUUGUGGGGGGGAGAGAGACGAGAUGGGGGAGGGUUGGAAGUAAUAUAUCGAAGGUGGGCUGGCGCGCGGGCACUUCUGGGCCUUCGCGUUUCACCACGCAAGCCACAGGGGGAGCAGGCCUGAUCGGGGCAGGCGCCAGGAACGGCCGGAGUCGGUGCAGGGGGCGGAAUAGGGGCAGCCACACGAUACGAGGCCUGGACACGAACGACGAAUCGCCCACUGACACCUGCCUCUGAUAUUACCUGAGCACUGGCGGCCCUCUGCCCAAUUUCCGCCUUUCGGUCUCGCCAUGUGGAGAACCGCGUGUGCCGUCACCGUCAUCCAUGCAUGCACCCAACUAACUUCGGCAUGCCUGUGUCUGUGUGCCCUGCGCCUCCAGUUGUCGUCGUCGUCGUCGUCGUCCGGCCAGCCUUGUUGCUUGUGCCUGCAUUGCCUUUUGCCGCGGUGCCGCUCGCCGUUCGUCGACCUGCAGAAAUGAGCAAAUCAAAUCCAACGAUCCUCCACAUCCUGCAGAGCACGCAAGCCGAUCUGCUGCCGUCAGUCAGUCUGCCUGUCAGCCAGCGUCGCGCAGCAUAUGCAGCCCAGUGACAACUGCCAAACGUCCGACCUGCGUCUCCAGCUUUUUAAGUACUCUAGAUAGAGACGAUAACGACCCUCUCUUUCAGCUCAGCUCAGCUCAGCCCAACCCAGCCCGCUGGACGCCACCCACCGCGCCGCCCGUCGCGGGACCCGGCUCCGCUGCGCCAGCCGCCCUGCAGACGUCAGACUCUUCAAGCCCCGUACCAUUCUUUUCCUUGCCCAGGCUUCCGGGAUUCGGGUAGAUUCGAGAGGGCUGCUGGGCGGCGCGGGUGACGGUCAGUCGAGAGGUCGGGGUUCGGGGCGCGGCCACCACGAGAGAGGUUGGCGGGCACGAGUCGACCCGACCGACGCUACGCUAGAAAUUGGCAGU